CUGAUCUGGGACAGUCUGACAUGGUAACCGGUGAGAUGACGCUGACCCUUGUGCUCCUGUUGUCCUUGCUGUGUUCUGUCACACAGGCUCAGAACACCACCACCGUACGACACUUUUACAUCGCGGCGGUGGAGAUCGGAUGGGACUACAUCCACCUGGACCACCAGGAACAAGGGUCUGACCAAAGUGGACUCAAAGCUAUUCCUCAAAAAUACAUCAAGGCUGUUUAUAGGGAAUACACGGAUUCCACAUAUUCUGUCCCUAACACAAGGCCAGCAUGGACAGGUAUCCAAGGCCCUGUGAUUAAUGCCGCAAUUGGUGACCGUGUGGUGGUUCACUUUAAAAACCUGGCGUCUCAGCCGUACAGUAUCAGCCCUGUAGGAAUCACCUACUGGAAACAAUCUGAAGGAGCUGGGUAUGAUGACUCCACAACAGCCCAAGAGAAAGAGGAUGAUGCCGUGUCUCCGGGAGGAUACUACGAGUACAUCUGGGACAUCAGCCCCAAAGAUGGGCCCACCAUCAGUGAUCCAGAGUGUCUGACCUACUCCUACUCAUCCCAGGUGGACACAGUCCGAGAUGCAAACUCAGGACUCAUCGGUGCCCUGCUCAUCUGCAAGUCAAGUGCCUUCAAAGAAGACGGCCAGAGGAGAAAUCCAGCGUUUGUCCUGCUGUUUGCAGUGUUUGAUGAGACCAAGAGCUGGUACGGACAAACGGGACAAAGGAUAAGCAGAGAGCGUUUCAAGAGGAUCAAUGGCAGGAGAGAAUACCACACAAUCAAUGGAUAUGUCAACUCUACUUUAUCUGGUUUGACUAUGUGUCAGAGCCAGAAUCAUGUGUUUUGGCAUGUGAUUGGGAUGGGCACAGCUCCAGAAAUCCAUUCCAUCAAGUUCCAGGAUCACACUCUGCAGGUGAUGGCCCAUCGUAAAGUCACUAUGGAGGUGACUCCUAUGACAUUCAGUACUGCAGAAAUGAAACCUGCAACUGUAGGUCAGUUCCUCAUCAGCUGUCAGAUAUAUGCCCACCGUCAUGAUGGCAUGAAUGCUUUGUUCACAGUCGAGAAGUGUCCUGACCCUGUCAGUCUUCCCGGUCCCAACCUACGUAAUGUCCAAAACAAUGAUCACGGCGACUACAGUGAAGAAUACAGUGACGAAAUGUUCAAUACAAUAAUGUUUCAGCCAAAGAAGCCAUAUCUGCAAGCCAGGGCCAGCAGGGGCCAGCAGUCUAAAACCAGGAAGUAUUAUAUUGCUGCUGAAGAGAUCACCUGGGACUACGCCCCUCACCUCAAGCCUACAGACAGUGAGCUGCAAUCAGGAUAUUUCUUAUCCUCUCCACGUCAACUGGACUACAAGUAUAAAAAGGUUGUGUUCGUAGAAUUUAGAGAUGCCUCUUUCACCAAGAGAAAGAAGUCUGAUGUCACAUUACUGGGUCCACUUCUGAAAGGAGAAGUCAAUGAUCAGUUCCAUAUCACUUUCAAGAACUUGGCAAGUCGACCAUAUAAUAUAUACCCCAUUGGCCUUACCAAGAUCUACCCUCUACAGAGAUCCACAAAUGCAGCAGAGAAGGACUUGCGAUCCAUGGGUGUGGCCCCCAACGACACGUUUGACUACAUAUGGAGGUUGACACCUGAUGAUGGUCCAUUGGAAGGUGAUCCCCAGUGUCUGACCCAGCUGUAUCAGAGUACUGUGUCCCCAGAAAAAGAUUUGUCCUCAGGGCUUGUGGGCAUCCUGCUCAUCUGCAAAAAUGAUGUCAUUGAUGUCAGAGGACGUCUGCUGGGACCGGAUAAAGAGUGGAGCCUCAUAUUUUCUGUCUUUGAUGAGAACAAAAGUUGGUACAGCAAUGAAAACAUUUACCAGUACAUCCAAGACUCCUCCAGAAUCAAUACUACGGAUCCUGACUUCUACAAUUCUAAUGUGAUUUACAGUGUAAAUGGCAUCAUGUUCCAUGGCCGCCAGUUUGUGAUGUGUCAAACUGAUGUUACCUUCUGGCAUGUGGCCAAUGUUGGCACACAGAGUGACUUCCUCUCUGUUUACUUCAUGGGAAACCUAUUCCAGUAUCUUGGAGCCUACCAGUCUGUCCUCACCCUCUUCCCCAUGACUGGCAAGACCAUUUCCAUGGAGACUGAAUUAGCAGGUGAGUGGGAGAUAAGCGCAUUUGAUGGCAGCCUGAAGAGCCGUGGGAUGAGCAUCCACUACACAGUUCGUCCUUGUGACACCGGAGAUCUCCCGUUGGUUGAUGUUGAGGAUGAUGAGGAUGAUAUCUUAGACUAUAUUGAUCAGAUAGUGCUACAGCCAAGGGCCAGCAGACCUCAGAAUCAUACAGUGAUGGUCCGAGUGUGCAAGACGCGGCAUUACAAUAGAACUCAGUCCAUAAACACCACUGAUGAUCAGGUCAGUAAUGAUAUUAGUGUGGGGACUGGUCCUGCAGAGGAAGAGUCAGCAUGUGAAAUGAGGAAUGUAACGGUGACAUCAUUACAAAGAAGCAAAGCCAACAUGGUGUCAGUGGAAGAAAUCCCACAGGAUGUCCUGGAGGAGUUGGAAAAAGAUGGAGACUGGAAAGUCCUUGUGGCUCAGAAAGGUGCUGAACCUGGAGGACAGAGAGGUGGCAGACAGACAAGACAAGCAGAAGGAAACUGGACAGAUAUAGAUACUGGACUAACAGAAGAUGGAGGUAUGUCACUCGAGAUACGAGGACAGGAUGUAGAAAACAGGACUCACACUGGUGUCAAGGCUGAAGAAACAAGUGAAAUGCUGAAUGAAUCCGAUGGGAUGCAGGUGGGAAAUGGGAUGCAUACUGGUGCCAAGGUUGAAGAAAUAAAUGAAAUGCUAAAUGGAACUAAUGGGACGCAAAUGGAAAAUGGGACUCAUACUGGUACCAAGCUUGAAGAAACAAGCAAAAUGCUAAAUGGAACCGAUGGGACGCAGAUGGAAAACGGGACUCAUGCUGGUACCAAGCUUGAAGAAACAAACGAAAUGCUAAAUGGAACCGAUGGGACGCAGAUGGAAAACGGGACUCAUGCUGGUACCAAGCUUGAAGAAACAAGCGAAAUGCUAAAUGGAACCGAUGGGACGCAAAUGGAAAACGGGACUCAUGCUGGUACCAAGCUUGAAGAAACAAACGAAAUGCUAAAUGGAACCAAUGGGACGCAGAUGGAAAACGGGAAUCAUGCUGGUACCAAGCUUGAAGAAACAAACGAAAUGCUAAAUGGAACCAAUGGACCGCAAAUGGAAAACGGUACUCAUGCUGGUACCAAGCUUGAAGAAACAAACGAAAUGCUAAAUGGAACCAAUGGGACGCAGAUGGAAAACGGGACUCAUGCUGGUACCAAGCUUGAAGAAACAAACGAAAUGCUAAAUGGAACCAAUUGGACGCAGAUGGAAAACGGGACUCAUGCUGGUACCAAGCUUGAAGAAACAAGCGAAAUGCUAAAUGGAACCAGUGGGACGCAGAUGGAAAACGGGACUCAUGCUGGUACCAAGCUUGAAGAAAUAAACAAAAUACUAGAUGGAACCAACAGGAUGAAGGAAGAGCUUAAGGAGAGCGAUGAAAUAUUAUUAAAUGGUGAACCACUGUUGAAUAAGGACAUGUCAUGCACAGAAAAAAGUAGUGCACAAGAAAUGGAAGAGAAUUUGUUGCCACAAAAUAGUAUUGAGGUAGACCCUGAUCUAGAGACUGAUGAUCCUCUUGAUAUUUAUUACACUGUUGAUACCGAGAAUGGAACAAUGAUUGAUUUGUCUAUAGACUAUGAUGACUACAGUGAAAAGGUGAAUGCUACAUCUGAUCUAUUUGGCACUGACUACAUGGACCUGCGCUCUGGAGAGAUAAAAUACCAGCACUACUACAUCGCUGCAGAGGAGGUUAACUGGGACUAUGGCAUCAGACUGCCGCAUCAGAUCAUCCAACCCAGAGCAAUGCGCCGUGGGAUGAGGAAGUUCCUGCCAGAGUAUAAGAAAGUGGUGUUUCGAGCCUACAGGGAUAAAGACUUCCUCCAUCCUGUAGUCAGAGGAGAGAUUCAGGAUCAUCUGGGAAUCAUGGGACCUUUAAUUAGAGCUGAGAUUAAUGAACUCCUCACUGUGAUUUUUAAGAACAAAGCAUCCAGGCCUUACUCCUUUCACCUUCAGGGAGUGUAUGACCGCAGCCAGGGGGCCGGCCUUGCUCAGACCUACGGCUCCUCUGCACCAGCUGGGAUCCCAGGAGCGCCUGUGGCUCCUGGGGAGGCCCGGGCCUACAGCUGGAGAGUAACCAAGAAACAAGGCCCUGAUAGUACAGAUUUCGACUGCAAGGCUGGAGCUUACUACUCCACUGUGGACAAGGAGAAGGACCUUCACUCGGGUCUGAUUGGUCCACUUAUCAUCUGUAAGCCUGGGAGCUUUCAGGCUCAGCUGAACUUGGAGCCAGACUUCCAGGAGUUCGCUCUGCUCUUCCACACCUUUGAUGAAACUAAGAGCUGGUACCUGCAGGAGAACCUGCAGAAGCACUGCUCCCCACCCUGCCAGGCAAACCCCGAAGACCCCUGGUACCAGAUCAGCAAUAAGUUUGCAGCAAUAAACGGCUACGUGGCAGAGACGCUUCCUGGCCUGUUGGUUGCCCAGCACCAGCUGGUCAGAUGGCACCUUCUGAAUGUAGGAAGUGAUGGAGAGUACCACGCUGUGCACUUCCGUGGCUUACCUUUCACUAUUCACACCAAACAGGAACACCGAAUGGGAAUCUACAACCUCUUUCCUGGUGUCUUUGGUACAGUGGAGAUGAGACCCCCCACAGUUGGCACCUGGUUGGUGGAAUGCACCAUAGGAGAAAAUCAGCUGGCUGGCAUGAGAGCUAAGCUACUGGUAUAUAAUCCACAAUGUGUUUUACCUCUGGGGAUGAAAUCAGGAAGGAUAGAAGAUUCCCAGAUUACUGCAUCAAAUCACUUCAAUAACUGGGAACCCAGACUAGCGAGGCUGGAGCUGUCUGGAUAUAUCAAUGCCUGGAUUGGGAAAAGCAAAUUUUCAUGGCUACAGGUGGACCUCCGAAAGCCCACACUGUUGCACGGCGUACAGACACAAGGAGUCAGAGUUACUCUAAAGGAUUGCUUCAUUACACACUUCACAAUCUCCUACAGCCUAGACCAGGAGACUUGGACUACCUACAGAGGACAUAGCAAGAGACCCACCUACAUCUUUAAUGGCAACAUGGACAGUUCAAAGGUGAAGGAAAACCGUUUCUCCCCACCCACUGUAGCGCGGUACAUCAGGAUUCAGCCAGUGAACUUUGUGAGAAGACCUGCUCUGCGGCUGGAGCUGCUGGGCUGCGAUCUCAACAGCUGCUCACUGCCCCUCGGCCUCCGGAACAUUCCUGACAGCAGCUUCAGUGCUUCCUCAGUUCAUUCAUCUCUGCUGCGAACAUGGAGCCCCGCCCUCGCCCGCCUCCAUCAGGAAGGCAGGGUCAAUGCGUGGCGACCAAAGAACAAUAAUCCGCAUGAGUGGCUCCAGGUGGACCUGGGAAAAAUCAAACGCAUCACUGGAGUUUUGAUGCAAGGAGCACGGUCUUUCUUCAACGAGAUGAUGGUCACAGAAUUCUCUGUCACAGUCAGUCACGAUGGCCAUUCCUGGAACACUGCAUUUGAGGAAGACUCGCAAAGAGAAAAGAUCUUCACAGGAAGCAGUAACCCAGAUGAGGAAUCCCUGGCUGUUUUCGAUCCUCCCCUUUUUGGACGAUACCUCCGUAUUCACCCUCGGGGUUGGGUCAACGACAUCGCCCUACGUUUGGAGGUCCUGGGCUGUGACACUCAGCAGAGCCUCUGAGAAUUUCACACAGUACAAACUCACGAACAGCAUGCAAUGUCACUGUAGAAGCAUUUUAGGUGUUACAAGUAGUUUCAUCUUUUAUUACUGUAAAUUUGAUGAAUGAACAAAAAUGUUGGAAAGAUUGUAGAAUUUGUUUAUGAGAUUGUGUGUCAGCUACGGUUUACAUGUGCAUAUGUUUCCUCUGCAGCGCUCUUAUUUUGAAUGUAACCACAUGUAAAUAUGUCAGCUUGGUCAGAUGUAAAGAGUUUGAAUGAUUUCUGUACAUCACUGGAAAGGUUUUUAUUCACGUAUACUGUGUGUUACUGGAGUUUAUAUAAACAUUGAAGCUU